AUGAUUCCAACGUGCGCCGGUAGUGUUAGCACGCUCGCCUCGCAUGUCAGAUGUUUGGAGUUGAAACCCCGACAAAGCCAAGGGUAUGUACUGGUGAUGAGCUCCAAUAAGAGCGAAAUGCGAGUCCAACGUUCCCCCCGCUUUGGUGUUGACUCACCAGAAUUGCGCUGGAACCGGAGGACGAUUGUUCAAACGAGAGCCAUGCCGCCUCAUGUUUCAGUCGCUAUGGUAUUCGAGAUACCGCGAUACAUAUAUAUUUGUAAUGCUGAAAAUUCGUCGAGAGCCCACGACCGGUUUCGCCCUACUUGGGGCUCAUCAGGCGGGCCUGGUGAAGCACAUUCUGUUGCCUGGAAACAUCACAAACGAGAGAUUCAACUGGGUUCCAGGUCACAGCGAAAACUUAGAACAGGGAUUGGCAGCUUCCCGCAGCCUUCUCAGUCGUGUUUUGGUAAGCAAAGGUGUACAACAAACCUCGUACGUAGCGUCAACAAGUGCACAGGUCUGUCACCGACCAUCAUGGUGCAGUUGCAACUCUGCACACCGGAAAACGGCGGGUGGAAUGAUGGCUCAGUAGUGUGGGUUGCGGUCGUCCCUUCCGACGACAGUCUCGUGAUUCUCAUUGGCCGUGCGAUCACAAGGAACUCAUGA